AAAAAAAAAAAACUUACUCUCUAACUUAACUAAUAAUAUUGUUUCCAACAUCAAUAAAAAAUUACUUAUAAAACUUAAAGUUGGGUGUGACGAAUUGAUGAUAAAAACAUUUUUAUUGUCUAUUUAAAAUGGUUCAGUCACAAUUUUCAUUGUUGUGGGAUUCCUAUAAAUCCAAUAUUUGUUCUGGCUUUGCGAAUUUGCAGCAGAAUGGGGAGCUUGUGGAUAUGACACUGGCUGCUGAUGGUCAUUUUGUUAAAGUACACCAAGUUUUAAUAGCUUUAUCAAGUACUUACUUAAAACAACUAAUUCUUUCAGCACCAUGCCAACAUCCUGUCAUAUUUCUUAAUAAUGUGUCACAUGCUACAUUAUCGUUAAUAUUAGAAUACAUAUAUACAGGUGAGGUCUUAGUACAGUCGGCAAAUUUGCCAGCAUUCAUUGAGGCAGCUAAAUCACUUCACAUAAAAGGUUUAGAGAGUGUGGUAGAAAGCAGUGGUAUAAGAGGAGACAAACUUGAAUUGGAACUAGAUCAAACUAGUUUGGUUGGACCUCACAGUUCUAAAGGAGAAAACAAUAUUUCAAAAAAGAUAUCUUUACCAGCUACUGCAAGAAAAGUCUUUGUUAAACAUGAAAACAUAAACAACGAGGCUGGUUCAAGUGAAGAUAUUUCAAGUUAUUCAUUUGAAGUAGACGACCAUCAUAAUGAUUCUGACGACAACAUCAAUUCUCAAAUAGUGAACAAAGCUGACAAAUCUAAAGUGACUUCAUCAAACCUACAGUUCACGGUAUCAAUUCGAGGCUCAUUGCAAGUUAUAUUAAAUCGUUAUAUAUAUAAUCUACAUUCGACACAAGCAACGGGAGUCCGUCGUUGGCGUUGUAUCGAUUAUCGAAAUAGAAAAUGUAUGGCUUUUCUUGUUACUAAAGGCAGCCUUGUAAUAAAUAGAGCAAAUCCACACAAUCAUUCAUUUCAUGAUAAGAAAAUUCUUGAUAAAAUUGAAAAGAAUGCUGUAUAUUCAGCCCUGGAUGACGUUCAAAGUUACAUAGAAAACGAGAAAGCUAAAGACCGAGAUGAACCAAUGGAAAGUGAUCAAUUUGUGUCACUUGAAUUAAAAGAAGGUUUAAAUAAUUACGCAGAAGAAUGUAAAUUCACACCCCCUAUUCUUAAAGAUACUAGCAUGAAAGCCAAGAAGUUUUUACAGCGCUACGCGCAUAUCUUCUCCAGUCAAGAAGGGAACCUUGGAAGAACAUCAGUGGUCCAGCACAGGAUAGAUACAGGAAGUGAGAGAUCAAUUCGUCAACGAGCAAGACGGAUACCAAUUGCAAAGGAAAAAGAAGUUGAAGGCCUUUUGGAGGACUUGAGAAGGAAUAAGAUUAUUGAACCUGUAAUAUUAUGUGCUUACAUACCUAACGAAAAUUUACGAGAAAAAUAUGAGCUAAACCCAGCGGUAAAAAAACUUCAGGAAUAUGUACAAAUUGAUACGAGUGGAUCAAAGAACUUAGAUUUAUCAACGGAUUUUUGGAGGCGUCAAGCAGAUGAGCUAGGUUUAGAUUUUGCUGUAUAUCGACCUCGAGGUCUACCUAUAUGUGUUAUGACACUAAAAGGUAAUCGACCUGAGCUGCCGAGUAUAAUGCUUAACUCACACGCCGACGUUGUUGUCGCAGACGAAGAAGUAUGGACUUAUCCACCAUUUUCGGGUCAUUUAGACGAAAACGGCAAUUUAUACGGACGUGGCACACAAGACACAAAGGAUAUUGGUAUUCAGUACAUUGAAGCUAUAAGAAAACUACUACGAAAUAAUGUGACUCUAGAUCGAACUAUACACGUCACUGUUAUGCCAGAUGAAGAAACGGGAGGUUUUAUGGGUAUGACACCUUUCGUUGAAACUCAGGAUUUUAAAUCUUUAAAUAUAGGUUUUGCGCUUGAUGAGGGAUAUCCUUCUAAUGACGACGUCAUGUUUGUUUCAUAUCAAGAUAAAAGGCCCUGGCGUAAGUUAGAAAAAUAUUCUCUCAUUUUACUGAUAGGUUAG